UCUGGAAGCCUCGAGGGUGGAGCCCACAGUUCGGUUGCGCUGCGAGGCGCAGCUGUGAGGGAGUCGCUCCCAUCCGGGGCUCCGGAACCUUCUGACCCGAGGCUGAAGCGCAGGCUUGCGGGGUGCCGCAUCUGCAGGCCUGAGUGUUCAUUCCAGCAUGUCGGAGGGGGAGUCCCAGACAGUACUCAGCAGUGGCUCUGACCCAAAGGUAGAAUCCUCAUCCUCCACUCCUGGUCUGACGUCAGUGUCACCACCUGUGACUUCUACGACCUCAGCUGCUUCCCCAGAGGAAGAGGAAGAAAGUGAAGAUGAGUCUGAGAUCUUGGAAGAGUCACCCUGUGGACGCUGGCAGAAGAGACGAGAAGAGGUGAAUCAGCGGAAUGUACCAGGUAUUGACAGUGCAUACCUGGCCAUGGAUACGGAGGAGGGUGUGGAGGUUGUGUGGAAUGAGGUGCAGUUCUCCGAGCGCAAGAACUACAAGCUGCAGGAGGAAAAGGUUCGAGCUGUGUUUGAUAAUCUGAUUCAGUUGGAACAUCUCAACAUUGUUAAGUUUCACAAGUAUUGGGCUGAUAUUAAAGAGAACAAGGCCAGGGUCAUUUUUAUCACAGAAUACAUGUCUUCUGGAAGUCUUAAGCAAUUUUUGAAGAAGACCAAAAAGAACCACAAGACUAUGAAUGAGAAGGCCUGGAAGCGCUGGUGCACGCAAAUCCUCUCUGCCCUAAGCUACCUGCACUCCUGUGACCCCCCCAUCAUCCAUGGGAACCUGACCUGUGACACCAUCUUCAUCCAGCACAACGGACUCAUCAAGAUUGGCUCUGUGGCUCCUGACACUAUCAACAACCAUGUGAAGACAUGUCGGGAAGAGCAGAAAAAUUUACACUUCUUCGCACCAGAGUAUGGAGAGGUCACCAGUGUGACAACAGCAGUGGACAUCUACUCUUUUGGCAUGUGUGCCCUGGAGAUGGCAGUGCUAGAGAUUCAGGGCAAUGGAGAGUCCUCAUAUGUGCCACAGGAAGCCAUCAGCAGUUCUAUCCAGCUUCUAGACGACCCACUACAGAGGGAGUUCAUUCAGAAGUGCCUGCAGUCUGAGCCUGCUCGGAGACCUACAGCCAGAGAGCUUCUGUUCCACCCAGCAUUGUUCGAAGUACCCUCGCUCAAACUCCUUGCUGCCCACUGUAUUGUGGGACACCAGCACAUGAUCCCAGAGAAUGCUCUGGAGGAGAUCACCAAAAACAUGGACACCAGUGCUGUACUGGCUGAAAUUCCUGCAGGACCAGGAAGAGAUCCAGUGCAGACUUUGUACUCUCAGUCACCAGCUCUGGAAUUGGAUAAAUUCCUUGAAGAUGUGAGGAAUGGGAUCUAUCCCCUGACAGCCUUUGGGCUGCCUCGGCCCCAGCAGCCACAGCAGGAGGAAGUGACCUCACCUGUGGUGCCCCCCUCUGUCAAGACACCAACACCUGAACCGGCUGAGGUGGAGACCCGAAAGGUGGUGCUGAUGCAGUGCAACAUUGAGUCGGUGGAGGAGGGCGUCAAACACCACCUGACGCUUCUGCUGAAGCUGGAGGACAAACUCAACCGGCACCUGAGCUGUGACCUGAUGCCAAAUGAGAACAUCCCUGAGUUGGCAGCUGAGCUGGUGCAGCUGGGCUUCAUUAGCGAGGCUGACCAGAGCCGCCUGACUUCUCUGCUGGAGGAGACCCUGAACAAGUUCAACUUUGCCAGGAACAGCACCCUCAACUCGGCCGCUGUCACCGUGUCCUCUUAGAGCUCCCUGAGCCAGGCCCCUCCCGGCGCUGUGGCCUCCCCUAGAGCUGCAGCCUGCCCUGCGCGCCCGCCCCAGUCAGUAUUACCGUGUGAAGCCCCCUCUGUUAUCAGGAGGGCUCUGGGGCUCUCCGGUCGUGAGCACCCCGCCCCUUCCGGCCCUGCCUCCCCUCUGCACUUUGUUUACUUGUUUUGCACAGACGUGGGCCUGGGCCUUCUCAGCAGCCGCCCUCCAGCGGGCCGAGCUGACUGCGCCCCCGCCCAGCCUGUGCGGAGGGAGGCCGCGGCCACUGACUUCCGGACCCGCUGCGGCGAGGACGGGCGCGGGAGCGGGAUGCUGCGGUGGUGGCCUGGGGCCGCGGGCUUCGCCUCAGUUGCUGCUGUAAUAAAGUCUACUUUUUGCUA